UUAUAAAAGGCGUCGUCAUCAUCCAGAGGAGCUUUGAACUUGACGGAGAGACAAAAGGGCGUGGGGCUUGCAGUCUUCCAGUCCUCUGCCGCAGAUACCACCAACUUUCUCUGAGUGACGGAGAGAGAGUGAAACGCAACGUUUCUUCACUCUUUAAGUGCAUUUAGGAUUCCUGAGGUAUUCGUAUUCUACUUAAGUCAUGGAUUCAUUUGAGCAAGACGGUAACGGCACAACAGAUGGAGGCAGCACACUGGAUGCAUUGCCACCUCCUCCCCCUGUUAUCCCACCAGAUGUUGUUCCUCUGCGUGCAGAACCAGAACCCCUUGCCGAACCAGUUAAGAAAAAGGUUCUGCGAAUUCCUAUAGCGAGGCGUGGUCCUGGAAGCAAAGGGCAAAAGAUACCUCUGGUUACAAAUCAUUUUAAAGUUUCGGUUACAAACGUUGAGGGCCAUUUCUUCCAUUAUAGUGUUUCUGUGACUUAUGAAGAUGGGCGCCCUGUCGAAGGUAAAGGUGUUGGAAGAAAGGUGAUUGAUAGGGUGAAGGAGACUUAUGAUACUGAGUUAGCUGGGAAGGACUUUGCUUAUGAUGGGGAGAAGAGUUUGUUCACUGUUGGAUCACUUCCCCGCAAUAAACUUGAGUUUACUGUUGUGCUUGAGGAUGUCCAAUCCAACAGAAACAAUGGUAAUCGUAGCCCUGAUGGCCAUGGAAGUCCAAAUGAGAGUGACCGCAAGAGAUUGCGGCGUCCGUAUAACUCCAAGACAUUUAAAGUGGAGAUUAGCUUUGCUGCAAAAAUUCCCAUGAAUGCCAUUGCAAAUGCUCUACGGGGUCAGGAGUCAGAGAACUCCCAAGAAGCCCUAAGAGUGCUGGAUAUUAUAUUGAGGCAGCAUGCUGCUAAGCAGGGCUGCCUCCUUGUUCGCCAAUCUUUUUUUCACAAUGAUCCAAAAAAUUUUGCAGAGGUCGGUGGUGGUGUUCUUGGCUGCAGAGGAUUUCAUUCAAGUUUUAGAACCACCCAGGGAGGCUUAUCUCUGAAUAUUGAUGUAUCAACUACCAUGAUCAUACAGCCUGGGCCAGUGGUGGAUUUUUUAAUUUCCAAUCAGAAUGUGAGGGAUCCAUUUCAACUUGAUUGGUCAAAGGCUAAGCGAGUCCUCAAAAAUCUUAGGGUUAAAGCUAGUCCCUCCAAUCUUGAGUUCAAGAUAACUGGUUUGAGUGAGAAACCAUGCAAAGAGCAGACCUUUACGCUAAAGCAGAGAAAUGGAAACGAUGUGGAUGGUGAAGGUCAGAUAGAAGUGACUGUUUAUGAUUAUUUUGUUAAUCAUCGUGGUAUAGAAUUGCGUUAUUCUGGAGAUCUUCCAUGUAUCAAUGUCGGGAAGCCAAAACGCCCGACUUAUUUACCUCUUGAGCUUUGUUCCUUGGUGUCCUUGCAACGAUAUACAAAAUCUCUAUCCACUCCUCAAAGAGCUUCACUAGUGGAAAAAUCAAGACAAAAGCCACAUGAGAGGAUGAAGGUUUUGUCUGAUGCUUUGAAAACCAACAAUUAUGAUUCUGAACCGAUGCUAAAAUCAAGUGGCAUUUCAAUCAGUAGCAGCUUCACUCAAGUGGAAGGCCGUGUUCUGCCAGCACCUAGGUUGAAAGUGGGAAAUGGGGAGGACUUUUUUCCUAGGAAUGGUAGAUGGAACUUUAACAAUAAGAAAUUGGUGCAGCCAGCAAAGAUAGAACGGUGGGCUGUUGUCAACUUCUCAGCGCGUUGCGAUAUACAAGGACUAAUACGAGAUUUGACUAAAUGUGGAGAGUUGAAGGGAAUUCUUAUUGAGCCUCCAUUCGAUGUGUUUCAAGAGAAUCCUCAGACUAGACGUGCUCCUCCUAUGGUUAGAGUGGAGAAGAUGUUUGAGGAUAUUCAGUCAAAGCUUCCUGGUGCUCCACAGUUUCUUCUUUGCUUGCUUCCUGAGAGGAAAAACUCUGAUCUUUAUGGUCCAUGGAAGCGAAAGAAUCUUGCCGAGUAUGGAAUAGUAACUCAAUGCAUGGCUCCUACAAGGGUUAAUGACCAAUAUCUUACUAAUCUUCUCUUGAAGAUAAAUGCAAAGCUGGGCGGUUUGAAUUCGUUAUUGGCAGUUGAACACUCUCCCUCUAUUCCUAUAGUUUCCAAGGCUCCCACCAUCAUAAUUGGGAUGGAUGUGUCACAUGGCUCUCCUGGACAGUCUGACAUACCAUCAAUUGCUGCGGUGGUCAGCUCAAGGCAGUGGCCGUUGAUUUCUAAAUAUAGGGCAUCUGUUCGGACACAGUCUCCAAAGGUUGAAAUGAUAGAUUCAAUAUUUAAGCGCGUGUCUGAAACUGAAGAUGAAGGCAUAUUUAGGGAGCUUUUGCUUGACUUCUAUACGAGUUCAGGGAAAAGGAAACCUGAUCAAAUCAUUGUAUUCAGGGAUGGAGUCAGCGAAUCACAAUUCAAUCAAGUUUUGAACAUUGAAUUGGAUCAGAUGAUAGAGGCAUGCAAAUUUCUUGAUGAGAAGUGGUGCCCCAAGUUUGUGGUAAUUGUUGCACAGAAAAACCACCAUACAAAAUUCUUCCAGCCUGGUUCUCCUGAUAAUGUUCCACCUGGAACAAUUAUAGACAACAAAGUUUGUCAUCCACGAAACAACGAUUUUUAUCUUUGUGCUCAUGCUGGAAUGAUUGGGACCACAAGGCCAACACAUUACCAUGUUCUAUUUGACGAGGUUGGCUUUUCUGCAGAUGAUUUACAGGAACUUGUGCAUUCACUGUCUUAUGUGUACCAGAGAAGCACAACUGCCGUUUCUGUAGUUGCCCCAAUAUGCUACGCCCACUUGGCAGCCACCCAAAUCGGACAGUUUGUGAAAUUUGAAGACACAUCUGAGACAUCCUCAAGCCAUGGAGGUUUGACAUCUGCUGGAGCUGUCCCUGUUCCGCAACUGCCCAGAUUAGAGGAGAAAGUGUGCAACUCCAUGUUUUUCUGUUGAGGUUUGUAUCCUCUGCAUGUGUUAGAUAAUGUAUUUUGAACAAAUGGUCUGUAUAUACCCAAAGUUAUUUGUGUGGCCUUCCCCUGCCGAAGGCGUUGGACCAAGCAGUAACUUGAACCCUUUUGGUACUUGGUAGUUUGAUGUGUAGGCCUCUGUCACAAGGUACUCUCUAGUGUAAGUUAUGCUCAUGUAUCCUGCUGCCUGCCUGUUUUGUGUCCGUCCUUGUGACACGUCUUUACUAACAUAAAUUAAGUUACUGAUGGCUUUGUUGUAAUUAUGGAUCUAGUUACUUUAAUAUGGUAGGCAAUUCGGUAA